AAAUAUCUGCGUCCCACCAUCCGAACUCCGCCUUCGGACAUCCUUCCGUGAUCGAUCAUAGCAUUCGGACAACUUCCUCAGCAUCUCUCUCCCUCUCCCUCCCUCUUCGCCUUGCUCCAUCGCAAGCGCUCAUGGAUUCCUGCAGCAAGUCAGCCCGCGAGCCGUCUUCCCCCUUCGACUCCCUCAUCUUCGACUUGGACGACACCCUGUACUCUUCCAAGACCGGGAUCGGCGCGGCCCUCAAGCAGAACAUCGACGAUUUCCUCAUCGAGAGAUGCGGGUUCGCGCCGGACCAGGCGUCGAGCCUCCGGGUCGAGCUCUUCAAGACUUACGGCAGCUCCCUCGCCGGCUUGCGAGCGUUAGGCUACGACGUCGACGCCGAUGAUUACCACAGUGUCGUGCACGGAAGACUGCCGUACCACUUGAUCAAGCCCGACUCGCAGCUGCGCAAUCUCCUGCGCAGCAUCACGCAAAGGAAAAUCAUUUUCACGAACUCGGACAGGACACACGCGAUGAGGGCGCUGAGGAGGCUGGGGCUGGAGGACUGCUUCGACCAGAUCGUGUGCUUCGAGACCAUGAACCCGAACCUCGCCGAGUCCUCCCGACCCGGCGAGUUCCCGGUGGUCCUGAAGCCGUCGCCGGAGGCCAUGAGGAUCGCCCUCCGCGAGACCAGCGUCGAUGCCCGUCGAACGCUGUUUCUUGACGACAAUGUCCGCAACAUUGCUGCGGGCAAAGCUGUGGGACUUCGUACCGUUCUGGUUGGGAAGACUGCGAAGACCAAGGAAGCCGACUACACGCUGGACGCCGUGAACAACCUGCCGAACGUCGUCCCGGGAAUUUGGGUCAACCCCGCCGCCGCCGGCAGCGGCGAUCAGGUCAUCGGCGGCGCCCGGAGCGAGAUCGACUCCAUCCUCACCCCGGUUGGAGCGUGAACCGUCCACACCACGUCACC